CUUGUGCCAGAACAAUGGCCGAAUUAACAGUUCUUGCUCAUAAAACAGUGAAACAUUUAAAUCACCAAUAAAUGCGUGUUUUAUCUGCAGAAUUUUACAUUCAUUGCUGCGAAAGUGAUAAGAUACGACGCUAUUCUUUCGACAGAUCUGUAUUAUAUCAGAAUGAAUGUUCAUAUGGCACUCCGUGUAGUCAAGUUUCGAUAUGCUGUGCUUGGGCACGCUUGCAUCACCAUGGUGCUUACAGCAAGCGGCGAUAUCAGUAAAACCAUGUGUGAUAAAUACUCUGAGACUGUAAGUCAGGAAGAGGACAGUCCGGUGCUGACACCUGGUGCGGGGACGAACAAAGUAUCUACAUGCGGAAUAGUUGAAGUGCCUCUCGUAGUCGGAGGCACCAACGCCGCGCCGAGAGAGUUUCCACAUAUGGCAAUCAUCGGCUACGGGUCAUCAGAAAGAGAAAUAUCGUGGAUGUGUGGUGGUACCCUUGUGAGUGACGAAUGGGUGCUGACAGCAGCGCAUUGCAGUAAGAGCAGAGACAAAGGUCCAGCGAAAUGGGUUCGACUCGGUGAACUAAAUUUGGAAGAGAAUGACGAAGAUUCGAAACCCAAGGACUUCAAUAUAGUGGAAAUAAUCCCCCAUCCAGAUUACAAACCGCCAUCAAAAUACCACGACAUCGCACUCUUUAAACUCCGCGAGAAAGUUGUGUUCGACGCUUACAUUCGGCCGGCUUGCCUCCAGGUCGAGAAAGACUUCAAGGACACGAAAGGAAUUGCCAUUGGAUAUGGACGGAUGGACUACGCUAGCGAUGCCCAGAGCAAGGAGCUUAUGAAGGUCAUUCUGGAUUUCGUGACAAAUGACGACUGUUCCACGUAUUACAAGAAUGACGUCGGAGGAAAGCAGAUUCCGAAAGGCCUAAUUGACGCUCAGAUGUGUUCUGGUGUACUCGAGGGAGGAAAGGACACUUGCCAGGGUGAUUCCGGAGGUCCUCUGCAGGUGGUGCUGGACAAUCCCUACUGCAUGUACAGUGUGGUGGGUGUGACGUCAUUCGGCAAGUUCUGUGGGUUCAAGAAUUCCCCUGCGGUUUAUACCCGAGUGUCUUCAUACGUCCCCUGGAUAGAGAGCGUGGUCUGGAAAUGAAAAUUAUUGAAACGAGAUGUUAAUCUAAAAUACAUUCGAAAAUAAUUUAAUUUUAUAUUAUAAUGAACUUAAAAAUAACAUAUUUGUAAACAUAUUAAUUUAAAUCAAUAACAAUUCAUGUUUAUACCAUCUUGUAACACGUAUAAAUAAAUGCUAAGCUACACGUUUAGAAUGACAUA